CCUCAACCUCCCGUCCCCUGUUCCCCUUGUUAUCCAAUCGUAAAACAGUAGGAAGCAGGCUCGAUCUAUUUACUGAUCGAUUUAUUUAGAUUCGGGGCCUCGAUUUCUUCCUUGUCCUACGGACUCUUUCGCUCUCGCUGUUACUCUUUCGUAAAGUAACGAUAUCUAUCCUUCUCUGUGACAAAGAGACCGAACAACCUUUUUUCAUAAUUUCGCGCCGAGAUCAAAAGAACCGCGAAUCGAUUUAAAAAUCGCAAUGCACUCCUGCCAUCUAUCAACGUAUUGAAAAUGUCUGAAUUCAGUUCUUUGCAUUAAACGCGCGAAACUCAUCGGUGCAAAUUUUAAAUACAAGAAUUAAAAGAACAAAUCGAUCGUUAUGUUACUUACAAAAUUUUUAUAUUCUACGACAAUAAUGUAAUUUAUAUUUAUGUUUUAUGUGAUACGUUAUAUGCGUAUCUACAUCAAAUACUUGCGACUUAAAUUAAUAAGAGUCAACAAAAGUAACUACAAAAGUAACUACGACAAAAUGGUAGAUAUAAAAAAUAAUAUAAAUAAAUCAUACGAUUCUAAUCAUGAAUCAAGAACCAGAAUUAACAGUUCUGAUACUGUGCCAUCAACACCUUCUUCGUCAUCUGAUUAUAUGACAGGAGAAGCAGAUGAUAGUUCAGACAGUAAAGCUGCUAUACCUUUUAGUUUAAAAUCGGUGGAAACUGUACUUUCAUUAUCUAAGGCUACUUCUGAAGAAUAUCUUAAAGAUAUGAUAGAAAAAUGUAAACAAAUGGUCUUAGAAAGUGCAGAAUGUUCUGAUGAACGAAAAUGGCUUGUUAGACGAUUAAUUGAAUUACGCUUAAGAGUACAAGAAUUAAGAGAGACAUCAGAAGAAAAUUUGCCUGAAACGCAAGUCAUUUUAGGACAUCAUUUAGUACCACAAAAAUAUUAUAUAACUACUUCUGGGCCUGUAUAUUGUGAUCAUUGUAGUGGAGCUAUUUGGACCAUGCUUCAAUCAUGGUAUAUGUGUAGCGAUUGCAAAUUUUGUUGCCAUUGGAAAUGUCUAAAUAAUAUAUGUAGAGUGUGUGUUCAUGUAAUUGCUAGUGAAGCAGGUGGUUAUACUUACACAAAAGAUAUUUGUCCUGAACAGGGUUUAUCGAGUCAGAAAUACAGAUGCGCUGAAUGCAAAGUUCGAAUAACAUUUACUUUCUCAAAAGGACUAUCUUUAUCUUGUUUUGGCAGUCCAUUUAAAAAUACAGAAUCAGCAUGGAUUGAACCCCGUCUUUGUGACUAUAGUGGAUUGUAUUAUUGCCAAAGAUGUCAUUGGAACACUGCAAUGGUAAUUCCUGCAAGAGUGAUUAGAAAUUGGGACAUGGAACCAAGAUUUGUUUCCCGUGCCGCUGCACAGCUUUUAACACUUUUAGAAGAACGUUCUGUUUUGUUACUUGAAGAAUUAAAUCCAAAAUUAUUUACUUUAGUUCCAGAUCUCUCUGUAGUGAAGAGGAUGCGGGAGGAAAUGCAGAUGAUGAAACGUUACUUAGUUUUGUGUCCAGAAGCUAAUAAACAAGGAUUACCAUGGAAAAUUGGAAUACGCACUCAUAUGAUAGAAAACUCGGGAAAUUAUUCGAUUAAAGAUCUCGUUGAUCUUAAUAAUGGAAUACUCUUAGAAGAAAUUCGUACUGUGUAUGAUACUAUGCACACUCACAUCACAGAACAGUGCGAAUUAUGCAAAGCAAGAGGUCAUUUAUGCGAAUUGUGUGGUAAUGAUGAAAUUAUAUACCCAUGGAAUGCAAGUUCUAUCACUUGCCGUCAGUGCUCGGCUGUUCAUCAUCGUGCAUGUUGGUCGAAACAAAAUCACUGUUGUUCACGAUGCACAAGGCUUCAAAAGAGACGUGCUUUGCAAGAUAAGCAAACUCUGGACACAGAUGAUAUUACAGAAAAUGAAUUGAACGCGAAUGAAUCACUAAGUGAUACAACACGCUAAAUAUAGUCGUGCUUAUUGUGAUUUGUGUAUAUAUAUAUGGUUUUGUGCAAUUCUUUUAUAAAAUAAAACUGAUUUUUAAAAAUU